AUUGUUGCCGCGUUGUGCGCGCUCUGGGGUAGGCAUUUUUUUGGCGGAAUUAGGAUUCUUCCUUGCGCGGGGAAGGGUUCCGAGUCCGAGUUCAGUCACUCUGUUCGGUUCGAAUCGAUAAGGUGUGUGUGCGCCUCACCUCUGGUUUAGUCUCAAAUCAAAGCAGUCCAGAGAGCAGCGCGCGAGUGAAAAUGAAAGAGAUGGCAUCCGUUCAGGAGGAAGAACUUCCGAAGCCUCCGGCCAUUGUGUCGUACGCGUUCGAGAAAGAAGUGAUCAACAAGCAGAAUACCCACAUCCGUGUGACGGAUCACUUCCUGCCCAAUCUGAACCGGGUGCCGAUUGCGAUCAAAUUCUGGUCCAAAUAUGAUUCGACAACGGUCGAAGCGCAAAGUCGCUUGGAUAGUUUCGACAAGUACUUCAAGUUGCUGGAGAAGAACAUCGCCGAGGGACCGCGGGAGAAGUACCGAGAGCCUCGGACGGAGAAUCAGUGCUACGGUUGGCAUACGGAACCAUUCUAUAAGCUGGACACGGACGAUAUCCAUUUACUGUACAAUCCCAAAAAACGUCAGGAGAUUACGAUUGUCGGGGAGAAAAUAAACGCAGAUAGGAUUACCCAGCGACCGCGGUUCACUGGAAUUCCAUUCAAGCUACCCAGUUGAAGGAGUAUUGAAUCUGAAUUACGUGUAUUGUUGUGUAAAAACUCAAUAAAUUACUUAUGGUGACUACAA